GGAAGUUACGAUGAGAGCCAAGAACUUCUCACAGGCCCGUCCUAUGACACGCUACCUGCCAAUUAGGAAGGAGGAGUUUGACCUUCGCACUCACAUUGAGACGUCAGGCCACAGCGUGGACACCUGCUACCACAUCAUCCUCACUGAGAAGAUGUGCAAGGGCUACCUGGUCAAGAUGGGAGGCAAGAUCAAGUCGUGGAAGAAACGCUGGUUUGUCUUUGACCGCCUCAAAAGGAAAUAUAUUACAAACACGAUGCCUUUUCCCCCUUUAGACAAACAUGAGACCAAGCUGAAGGGUCUGAUAUACUUCCAGGCUAUCGAAGAGGUUUAUUAUGAUCACCUCCGCAGCGCCACAAAGAGCCCAAAUCCCGCCUUGACGUUUUGCGUGAAGACCUACGACCGCCUCUAUUACAUGGUGGCGCCCUCGGCAGAGGCCAUGCGGAUCUGGAUGGACGGAAUAGUUACAGGAGCCGAGGGGUACACUCAAUUCCUGAACUGA